AUGGCCACCGGAUUUCGCGUCCCACAAAUCGAUCUAUCCACCGUUCUGCAAGCAGAUCACCCUAUAAUCGAUCUCAGACUAGAAUCUUAUGAAGAUGAGACGCGCAAUUUUCUCAAAGACCUCACCGGAUUCAAGGAACUGGUCAUAACGCAGGAGACAGAGGGACGGGCUGCGUUUGCAGCCGAAAUGAAGAGGCUAGCAGAGAAGAGCAAGGAGAUAGAGGCAGAGACGAACCAGUGCAAGGUUCGCGAGAUUGAGCUGCUUGCAGAUCUUGACAGGGAAGCUCAAGAGAGGAAAGACGCAGAAUAUUCUGUUGCCACUUUCAGACGCCAGCUCGCGUCUCUUAAGGAGAAAUGUGCAGCCAUUGACGGCGAGCUUGAAGAGUAUCGUGCUAUCACGGCCAAUCUAGAGCGAGAACGGGAGAAGGAAAGGUCUACGUUGCAAGCUCAUGCCUCAAGCGUACAGCCUGACUACCAGACACUCGAACGAAUAUUGGGUCUGACGAUAGAGGGCAUCGACAAGGAGCAGCAGCAGCUUCUUGUGCGAUUUAGGCGUAUUGAUCUCGAUGAUCUCGAGAAAGAAUUCAGUUUCGUGUUGGACGUCUCCGGUCCUGGAUAUAAAGUUCUUACUUCAUCGCCACCUUUGCCUCAACUUCCUUUCCUUGUGGAAGAGCUUAACCUUACCAAGGACAUCUUUGCGUUUAUACAUGCUAUAAGACAAGCUUACGUCAAACUAGUAAGAGGUUGA